CGCCGUACGAGAAAGACGCUCACAGACUGUGGACAUUAACUUAAAGCCGGGAUUUAUGUAAUCAUUAAAUAUCUUUCACAUGUAAUCCUUAAAGUGUACCCUCAUUUUUUCGCAUUUGAACAAAGACAUUAUUGCAUACUGCAUGCUUAUUUGUGUGUAUUGAGACUCUGUGCUUUGUUGAAUCGCAGCACUAGAUAUUAUUGUCUACAUACUUCCAUAGGAACAUUCGAUUAACAAAACUUUUCGAAACAGGGCGAGAAAUAACCUCAAUCCGAUUACCAUGACUCGGUUUUCCAGGGCCUGUAAGAGAUUAUUUGCUGCUAUCUUGUUUAUAUGUCUUCUGUCGGUUUGUUUUAUUCUCAUUGGACCUGUUCAGAAAUGUUCAGUUCAAAUAAGCUUGACUUCGAAUGAGACAUUGCAUCUUCGCAAAACUCCUUUAUUUUAUUCGCACACAAGUCACCAUCAGCCUGUAUACAGAUCAAUUUGGAAUGAGACAAUGGCAACUGAUAAUCUCACAGAUCGUCUGCCACUUUUCAACAACUCAACUCAAAGCACCGAACCGAAUGAAACGGAACAUCAGGAGGAACUUCAAGAGGAACCACAGACAGAAACUCGUACUUGGCUCCAAAGGACACAUUGGGAGUCGAAGAUUGAUUUACACUCAUACAAAUAUCUGAAUAAUCCUCAGGAUAAAUGUAACUCCAAUAGCUUUGUGAUAGAAGGGUUCACAUUGCUUGUUCUGGUUAAGUCGGCACCUAAUAAUUACGAGUUGAGAGAAACCAUCAGAGAAACUUACAUCCAAGGAACCCUAAAACACAACAUUUCGAUCAAAGUUGUAUUCCUUCUUGGAUUUCCAGCACAUGGUGAAGCAGACCAAAUGGAUAUCAACAAGGAAGCGAACAUUAACGGGGACAUCAUCCAAGAAAACUUCCAAGACUCUUACUAUAAUCUUACCAUUAAGGACAUGAUGGGACUCAAAUGGACUAUGACGUUCUGCAAUAAUAGCCACUUCGUGCUGGUAACCGAUGAUGAUAUCAUGAUUGAUAUCUUUACCCUUGUUGAAGAUUUGUCACAUGUUUACCCAGAGAAUCGAUUCGUACUAGGAGAGCCAACAUACGGUGCUUCUCCAAUCAGAAACCCAAAUCAUGGUACGUUAAAGAAGUUCUACACACCACUUUCUUUGUACCCCAAGACCAGGUAUCCAACAUACCCACAGGGUUAUGGGUACGUUUUUUCAAUAGAUGUCGUACCUCAAAUUUUCCAAGCGUCCAAGGAAGUGCCCCCUCCAGUGCCUUGGGAAGAUGUCUACAUCGGCGUUCUCCUUGAGAAAACCCAAAUAAAUAUCACAGAUAAGUUUUACUGGUAUAGACAACGACACCCAGUCAAGAAUCCUCUACUUCCAAUGAAUGAUUACUUUAUGAUACAAUUAUCCAUUGCCCAAAUGAAGACAAUUUGGAAUAGUGUUGAGAGUGCGUUCCUUCGGUAAACCCUUACAUGGUCCAAUACUCUACUUUCGUCCUCAAAUGAAUAAGAAUGUCAUUUGCAAUUGAUUAUCUUUAAUUACCUUAAUCCAUCGUUCGUUGAUCUUUGUUAACUUUAUCCAAGUUAUGUAUCUAUUUGAGAUGCAGCCUUUUAAAAUCGAGUGUUCCCAUAUCUCUAAUAUGGGAAUUAAUGAAUUCGGGUAUAUUCCAGUCAACUGACAAAAACGUUUAUUUAAUACCAAUGUUGUUUGAUACAUUUUUCUCAAUCUCUAUGAGGUGAUUCUUCAAAGUAACACAAUUUAGUGUAAACGAAAAACUUAAUAUACUAAGUAUACCAGGUUCAUCUAUUCAUCUUCUUCCACUAUUAUCAAUUUCCAGAUAGUCUAAAUCGUGGAAUCUGUUGCUAUUAAUAAAUUUCAUAAUUUCAUAAAAUUGCCUCAUUUGUUGAAUUCACUUAAGAGUUUGUUGACACGAAACUAUCAUUUUCUGCACCUUACUUAUAUCUUUGUUUCUACACGUAUAAUUGACAUUGGUCGUAGGCAUCAUCCCCAACAUUCCUUACACCAAAAAAAAUUGUGGUAUUAACCGGUGUCAGGUAUUUUACACUUGUAAUACAUUCAUUCCUUGGUUGUCAUCUUAACACAAUUUGGUGUCAAGUUCAAUCUCUACGGGUCAUGUUCUGUAUUGUAGGCUGUGGACCACAACAGAGUAAAUCGAAAAAAAUGUAACGUCGAUUGUUGUUAGGCCUGGUCACACCGCCCUAGCAAAACAAAAUAAAAACAAUCUAAAUCGAAAAUGGUGAUCGUAGCGA